CACUGCACACAAGACAAUAUGUGCAAGACUCAACCAAUGUGGCUAGGAUCAUUUACUGAAACAGUCUUAAAACUGUGAGAUUAAGCGAAACUUAUUACAUAGACUGAUUGGUGGUAUUAAAAUGUCACGGAGAAUCGUUCUCGCUGCCAUAGGGAUUUGUGCUACGUUCGUUCUGUCAUAUUUUGGAGUGUCCAGCGGAUUAACAGGACAUGUUUGUACCAGAACGGAAGAAAGAAACUUCACGAGAUUGGUCAAACAUUAUCGAUCUUGCAGAACGGUAGUGCCAUGUGGACUCUGGGACUGGGGCAGAUGCACCAGCUACUACGACUGUAGCACGUACAGCUUAGCCUACGACACUCUCCCAGUAACAGUAGAAUACUGCUGUGAUGGGUGGUCCGCUGGGAUCAACGCGACAAACACUAGCAGUUGCGACAUACCUGUUUGCGCUGUAGGGUGUGAGAAUAAUGGCGAUUGUAUAGCGCCCGACACCUGUAAAUGCCAGCCGCCUUACCACGGCUUUACCUGUAACGAAACUUAUGACCCCUGUCAAAACUACGAGGAACUCACGGUGGGUUUUGAGAGGAGCACAAAUAACACCAACUUCACCACCAAUCCCAAAUGUGACUCUUUACUGCUGAGGACCUGGUACAAGAUAGGUCACUCACCCAUCUUUCACUUGCCUACGACCUGCCCUGGGUCACCAGCUUGUGGAACGACUGGACCAGUUUGGAUGAAUACAACCAACACGUCUAUACCAGAGGGCGACAUGAUAACCUUAGAAGCAUGUGUUGGGUCGCCUGACAGCUGCUGUGAGUCCUUGCUGCCAGUGCAAAUCAAGAAUUGCACAGACUUUACGGUGUACUAUCUUAGUCCGACGGUGGCAUGUCCACAAGCAUAUUGCUUUGAGGUUCCACCCUGCGUUGGUUGUAACAUAACAGUGUGUCCAGAUGGAUACGUCGCUAAGGAUGGGAAUUGUGAAGAGAAGAGUUUGUAA